AUCGGAGCUUUAGAAGUGGCGAAACAAAUGAUAUGUUCAAUAGUUCUGCAGUUCAUAGAUCAAAGAUUCGCGGCAUUUCGUAUUUUCCAGAAGUGCUAG